GUAUCAUGAUAAAAGUGUUCCACCAGCCAGUAGCAGCUUGUAUUUUCUCACCAGUACAGAGAUCGUACUGAAUCAUCUGAGGCCUUGAAUCAAACUAUCAAACAAAAACACUUGUUGUUUUUCCCAUUCGUUCAGCCGGCUGGAGUUUGGAGACUAUAUAAGACGGGCCAACUCUACCACUGUUUACCACUCAUUCACUGUUCGUGAAGACGUGUAACUGGACAAUGAGGGUUGUUGUUGGUUUGCUGCUGUUGCUGCUCAGUCUGUGUGGGUCAGGGGCUCAGGGGGAUGGUGGAGGCCUCGGCGAGGUGGGUGAGAUCAGAGAGUUUCAGGAGACGGCUCCAAGAGAUGCAGUUGAGGAAUCGACCGAGCAGACCACAAAGCAAACCACCCCUGACAUCUGGGCCGAGGUGAGGGCGCUGAGAGACAUGGUGGUGGAGCUCAAGGUGGAGCUGAGGAACAUGGAGGCCAUAGUGAAGGAUAGCGAGAGCCUGGUGAAUGAACUGAAAACUGAGCUGAUCGUCACCAAGGUGUACGUGGAGAUGCUGCAGAGAGACAAUUCAGUCCAAGAAACUAGACUGACGGCCAUCGAGAGCAAAACAAGUGACCUAGAAAAAGAGAAUGCAGACCUGCAGACCAGACUGAGCAGCAGUGAGAGUGAACUUCUUCUUAGCAAGUCCAGGAUUGACCAGCUGGAGAGAGAAAAUGCAGUCCAAGAAACUAGACUGACGGCCACCGAGAGCAAAACAAGUGACCUAGAAAAAGAGAAUACAGACCUGCAGACCAGACUGAGCAGCAGUGAGAGUGAACUUCUCCUUAUCAAGUCCAGGAUUUACCAGCUGGAGAGAGAAAAUGCAGACCUGCAGACCAGACUGAGCAGCAGUGAGAGUGAACUUCUUUUUAGCAAGUCCAGGAUUGACCAGCUGGAGAGAGAAAAUGCAGUCCAAGACACUAGACUGACGGCCAUCGAGAGCAAAACAAGUGACCUAGAAAAAGAGAAUGCAGACCUGCAGACCAGACUGAGCAGCAGUGAGAGUGAACUUCUUCUUAGCAAGUCCAGGAUUGACCAGCUGGAGAGAGAAAAUGCAGAGAAACCAAAGGUGGCCUUUUAUACAGCUCUGACUAAUGCAGGACAUGUUGGACCAUACAACACAGACAUCACACUGAAAUACAGCAAGGUCUUCACCAACAUUGGCAAUGCUUAUAAUCCAGCUACAGGUUUCUUCACAGCACCAGUCAAAGGCGUCUACUAUCUCCAGUUCACUCUGUUUAAAGACACCACAGGUCUUAUGGGUGUAUUUGUGUACAAGAACAACCAGAGGAUCAUGCAUAAUCUGGAGUGGAAUGACGGGAAUAAUAAGUAUUUCACUAACUCUGUUGUCUUGGAGCUGUUAGCAGGAGAUGAGAUUCACCUGGUUCUCCCAUCAGGCUAUUCUCUCUUUGAUAAUUCAGAUAACCACAGCACCUUCAGUGGCUCCCUUCUCUUCCCACUGUAAGGAUGUCGUUUUAUCGUUUACACUGCGAUUUACUGCAUCAAAUAAUGUGACUCUGAAUCUGACUGUCCUCUUGUGUUAUCACGUGAAAACAACAUUCAAAUAAAUCAAAGACUCAUUGGAGUUCUGUUUGUUA